UGUACCUCUGCCAACCAGUUUUAUGUACUUUUAGGUAGUUGAUUUUGAGCAACUUUGGAUAUGUUUCCUCCUAUGAUGUUUCCUAGGAAGUUGAGUGAGGCCAAAUUACUUGCAAAGGUCUAGUGUUUGUUUGAGGGGGAGUAGGGGUGGCAACCGGUCUGGCCCACCAGUGGGCAGGGAGUUGUUUUCAGCUGGUAGACCUUUCUUAGAAUAUUAAAUUGAUUUAUUAAAAUUAAAUGUGUUUUUAACAUAUCUAUAUAGAUAAAAAAAAAAUGGGUGUGCCAACAGGCCAGCCUGCUCUUUGGCAGGUUAGACCAAGGCUCCUAACCUGUCCUAACUAUGGUGGGACAGUGCGGCCUGACUUUUUUCUAGAGGGCUAAAGCCAGGGUGUGCCUAAAUGGCUUGGUUGGGCCGUUUUGCCAACCCUAACGGGGAGGGGGCAAGCAUCAAUCCUGAAGGAAGUGGGGUGUUGCAAUGGAUCACCUGCAUUUAUGUAUGAUCUAGAUUUAUAUUCUUAAGCUUUAGGUUUGUUGUUUGUGGCUCACCGAUAUUUGUUCAUGCAUCAGAUAUCCCUCCUUCUCGGCAGGUGAAGGUACAACUUUAACAAAGUUGCACAAUAUAAACAAUUGACAUUGGAGGAAGCAGAAGAGAAAAUGAAGAACAGAAAGAAAACUGCUGAUGGAUAUGAAAGAUGGAUGAUGAAAGCAGCAAAUAAUGGCCCAGCUGCAUUUGGUGAACGUGGGAGGUUUGAUGACAAGGAGAUCAUUGUGGGCGGAGGAGGGAAAAGCCGUAAGAAAACUGACGAAGAUGAUGAAAGCCAUGUAUCAGAUAAAGGAGAAGAGGAUGAAGAUGAGGAGGUAGCAAGGAGGAGUAGACUUGGACUAAACAAAAAAGGUGGUGAUGAUGAUGAAGAAGGUCCGAGGGGAGGAGACCUUGAUCUGGAUGAUGAUGAUAUCGAAAAGGGUGAUGAUUGGGAGCAUGAAGAGAUUUUCACUGAUGAUGAUGAAGCUGUUGGAAACGAUCCUGCGGAAAGGGAAGAUUUGGCUCCUGAAGUUCCUGCUCCUCCAGAAAUCAAGCAGAACGACGAGGAUGAAGAUGAAGAAAAUGAAGAAGGGGGAGGCCUGAGUAAAUCUGGGAAAGAGCUGAAGAAGCUGCUACGUACUAGUGGUCUUAAUGAAUCCGACGCUGAAGAUGAUGAUUACGAUGAUGAUGUGGAUGAUGAGGCUGGCGUUCCUCCUGUGAUUGCUUCAAAGCAGAAGGAUGCACCCAAGGAAGAACCCACUGACAAUAGCCCUUCAAAACCUGUAGUAACAGGAACUGCUCGGGGAACUUUAUCCACUUCAAAGCCUUCAAAAGGGAAGAGAAAAUUCAAUGAGGAAACAAAAGCCACUACUGGUGCACCACCAAAGAAGGUCAAAAUAGAAAACGAACCAAAAUCAAUUGUGAAAGAUGAAAACGGUUCUGCAUCUAAAAAUAACACCCCUGCAAAAGGUGUACCACCAGCACCAUCAUCUAAAGGUGGUUCUUCCCCCAUGCCUUCUGGACCUGUGAGUGAGGAAGAAAUCAGGGCUGUUUUGAUGCAGAAGACUCCAUUGACCACACAGGACCUUGUUGCUAAAUUCAGAGCAAGGCUAAGAUGUCCAGAGGAUAAAAGGGCUUUUGCGGAUAUCCUGAAGAGAAUCUCCAAGAUACAGAAAACAAAUACAUCCAGUUAUGUUAUAUUGAGAGAUAGAGAAAGUUUUAUGCGUACUUUAGACGAGCAAGACAAUCUAAUUACAGAACUUAAACGGAGGGUUGUUGUCCUAGAGGCAGAGUUGGCUGAAGAGAAAGCUAGAAGAACAAAUAAAGAUAAUGGUGGACAGAGUGUGCCUCGUGCAGAACCCUUCAUGAACAAUGAAUUUGUUUCCCCAGGAGGCAUGUCCACCAAUCCACCUCCUAUGAAGACGUAUGUAGGGUCGGAUCACGAAGGCGUUACAAGAGUAGAGCGCUUAGGACUCCUGGAGAUGGAUUGUUUAGAAUAAAAAAUGAGUGAUAUAUUGAUUGGUUAAAAGAAUGUAAUACAACAUUGAAAUAGAUGAACAAAUUGUGUAAUGUAACCUAUUUUGUUCAAUGAUAUAAAAUAUGCAUCUUUGCUUGUGUUAUUUA